AUGGCCUCCACUGCUUUUAAUGCGACAAACCAUGGUCUCCAGAUUGGAAACAAUUCCGGUUCCAUCACAGCAGAAUUUCAUGUUGCGCGGGCGUACACCACCGAAGACAUCGAUCGAAUCUGUCUCCAUGCUCUGCGCUGCCCGGACUCCCUGGCUGUAAAGAAUCGGCUGAAAGAGAGCAAGGACAAGUUGGUUCACCACUCCAUCCACUGGAUUCUUCAAGACCCGCAAUACAAGAAUUGGGAAACUGGAGACGAUGUCGGUCUGCUUUGGAUCAAGGGGGGCGCUGGAAAAGGGAAGACCAUGUUGUCCAUCGGUCUUAUCGAGGAGCUCGCCCGGGCGCAGGAUGAAUCUAUCGUGGUAAUAUAUUUUUUCUGCCAGAAUGCGGACUAUGAGCUCAAUACCCUGGAAGCCAUUCUCAAGGGGUUGAUUUUGCAACUGGUAAAUCAGCAAACAGAGCUGAAAGAAUCACUCCGUCGCCGUUGGGACACCGUGCAGGAGUGCUUCAGCGAGAACGUAACCUCGUGGCAAUCAUUGUGGAACAUUCUUUUUGAGAUGUUGGCUCAGUGCAAGUACUCAAGGGUAUAUAUGGUCGUUGAUGCUCUUGAUGAGUGUCAGGAUGAGGGCAUGGCUGACUUCCUCAAAUCCAUCGUCCGAAAGGGACUGGAUCAUCCGGCCAAAAUCAAGUGGAUGUUGACAAGCAGACCAUGGGACGGCGCAGAGCGGGUGUUACUAGCUGGCCAUGACCAGGUGCAAGUCAGUCUAGAUGGGGAGGUCCAUUCCCAAUCUGUUUCUGAAGCUGUGAAGGCUUAUAUUACUUCUAAAGUGGAAGAGCUCAGUCGCCAGCACAGAUAUGGAGCGACCCUGAAGAGCGAAAUCGAGACUGAGCUUACUGAAAGAUCGGAGGGCACCUUUCUAUGGGUAAGCUUAGUAUGCAAGGCACUUGAAAGUGUCAGCCGAGAUAAGGCUCUGUCCACAGUUCAAAACUUGCCGCCAGGUCUGCAUCCGUUUUAUGAACAGGUAUUGAACCAGCUCAACGAGGGCGAGCGGGCUGAAGUACAGAAGUGUAUGCGACUGCUCAAGGCCAUGAUGACGGUGUACCGACCUUUGAAAGUGGAAGAAGUUCCUAGUGUGAUUGGCCUAACUGAUGAAGAGGACACCAUUAGAGCAUUGGUUGAUUGCUGUGCUUCAUUCAUCCGAUUGCGGGAUGACAAUAUCGAGUUUGUUCAUCAGUCAGCUCGAGAAUAUUUGGCCGGAGAGAAUGGGCUGUCUAUACUCGACUCGCAUGAACGCUUCGGACAUGAAGAGAUUGUCCUAACUUGUCUGUCUUAUUUAUCUGAAUGCCUCAAGCCCAACCUCGUCGGACUGCCGCGGCCUGAUGCUACUAGAGACUCUUUGGGAGCUUUGGGAAAUGGAACAGGGGAUAGCUUACUGUCCCGUGUGGACUAUGCAGCUAUGUUCUGGGUGUUACAUCUAAAAAACACUAGCAACGACACCGACAAGAGUCAAGUUAGCAUAUUCCUUCACACAAAGCUGUUGGAAUGGCUAGAAUGCCUAAGCCUGUUGGACAGGUUACCAAAAGCCAUUGAAGUGUUGAGAGCAUUGGAGAAUAUAUUGAAAGAUAACUAUACAGCGUUGGCACUCGUGCAGGAUGCUAUGCGGUUUUUAUUGCGACACUACCACACUUUGUCGCACUGGCCAUUGCAGAUCUACAGCUCUGCCAUCAUCUUCAGUCCUGAAUCAAGUGUUGUGAAGAGAGAAAAUCUACACAAAAUUCCUGUGUGGCUGAGAGAAGUCCCUCCCAUGGAGGACAGUUGGACGCCUAUGAUACAGACACUAACAGGUCAUUCGAAGAGUGUUGGUAUUGUCGCCUUCUCGCCUGACGGCAACCAGAUAGCAUCAGGCUCUGAUGAUGGCAUGAUUAGGCUCUGGGAUAAUAUUACAGGCAGCCUUCAGAAAACGAUAUCAGGUCACUCAAUGGCGAUAACGGCUAUGGCUUUCUUACCAGAUAGCAAGCUGAUCAUAGCAGGCGCCCAUGAUAGCUCUGUCAUGCUUUGGGAUACCACCACAGGUGGCCGUCAGAUGAUAGCCGACCACUUCGGCCCAACUGGGGUCCACUAUUCACACUUGCAGCCACCAGAGGAGGGCGAGACUUGGCCCACGGCCAGGGCAUUCUCGAAAGAUUGCAAGCAGAUUGCAACAGCCGGUUAUUAUCGUAAAAAUCAAGUUAUCAUGCUUUUUGAUACUGCCACAGGGGGCCUCCAGAAGAUACUUACAGGCCAUUCAGACACAUUCUUAGCUCUGGCGUUCUCACCAGACAACAGGCAGCUUGUAUCAUGCUCUUAUGACCGCACAGUCAGGCUCUGGGAUACUGCCACAGGUGACCUUCAGAAAACACUAGUCGGCCAUACAAGUCGGGUUUAUACUGUGGCCUUCUCACCGGAUGGCGAGCAGAUUGUAUCGGGCUCUGACGACGCUGUCAAUCUUUGGAAUGCUGCAACAGGUGAUCUCCAGAAGACACUGGCAAGCUCUGCUGCCCGGAGUGUGGCCUUCUCACCAGACAGUACACAGAUCGCAGCAGGCUUUACUGAUGGCACAAUCCAUAUUUGGGAUGCUGCAGGCAAUCUUCAGAAGACACUAGAACGCCACUCAGGGACCGUUAUGUCUGUGGCCUUCUCACCAGACGGCAAGCAGCUUGUGACAGGCUCUAGUGAUAACACUAUCAAGCGUUGGGAUAAUACGAUAGGCGCCAUUCAAAAGACCAUAGGCCACUCAUACAGUGUUGCCACCGUGACCUUCUCACCAGACGGCAAGCUGAUUGCAUCAGGCUCUGCUGACAAGACUAUCAAGCUUUGGGAUGCUGCAACAGGCGAUCUCCAGAAAACACUGGAAGGCCAUCUAUACACAGUCAUCGAUGUGACCUUUUCACCUGACAACAAACAGAUCGCCUCAUGCUCCUACGAUGCAGUCAACCUCUGGGAUGCUACCACCGGCGACCUCCUGAGCUCACCUGAGAGCGAGGAGCUAUUCACGAGUGUGGCCUUUUCACCUGACGGCAAGCAGAUUGCAUCAGGCUAUGAGAACGGCAUAAUUAAUCUCUGGGAUACUGCCACAGGUGAUCUCCAGAAGACACUGGCAGGCCACGCAAGCAGGUUUGAGACCCUGACGGGAUUAGCCUUCUCCUUAAUCCAGGUCACGACCCUGACCUUCUCACCUAAUGGCAAGCUAAUUGCAUCAGCCUCCGAUGAUAGAACAAUUAAGCUUUGGGAUGCUGCAACGGGAGACCUCCAGAAGACACUAGACUGCAAUCCAGAGAGCAUGAUUACGGCGGUUUCGGUGGCCCUUACAACAGGGGGCCAUACAGACACAACAAUCAUUACAGUGGCCUUUUCACCAGACAGCCAGCAGAUCGCAGCAGCCUGUGCUGAUAAAACCAUCAGGAUCUGGAACAUCAAGAAAUCGCUCAAAGCCUCGAAAUAUCUGGGGCGCGCUAUCGGUAGCCACAUCAAGUCGUCCCGGCCAUGGAAGGAGAUUACGACGUCGGAUCAGGUGCAUACCAUAGAAUUCGCAGCAGGCAAUCGAUACCUUGAAACGGACAUUGGACUAAUAGCACUUGAGAGCACCCCGACAAAAGGAGAGGAGGAGCUGCCAGUGGGGUCGGAUUCAUUACAGAACCUCUAUGUCAGAGAUGAGUGGUUAUGCUAUGGAGCCAUGCCCUUCCUCCGGCUAUUGCCUGAUUCCCAGGCUGACUCUUGGGAUGCGCACGGCGAUCAAGUGGCUAUCGGAUUCAGCAACGGUCUUGUUUCAAGCUUCGAUGUUGAUCGACGGAGUUUACAACCAUACUGGGAAACACUUCAGCUAUGACGGUAUUACUAGCGGGUUACACUCGGUGGAAGUCGGGGUGGGGAUGGAGUUAACCACGCAGGUUCCCUUGACUGUUGAAGAUUCAGGGUCUGUCAGUGUCAGGUCAGAUGCGGUUUUUCAGCAUCUGUGGCCCUUUUUUUCUUUGUAUGUCGUUCCUUUUUUGUAGCAGUUGUGGAAAGUUUACAUCAAUCGAUAUCUCUCCAUCAUCUCACUAUGAUUUUCGAGAGCCCCAGGCCUGUUUCCUCUUUAUCAGUUGCUCUGGUUUCCUAUGGACGCCGGGGAUACUAUCAUUGUUAGGGUCCACGAUAGUAGGUGAAAUUGAUACCAAUAUUAGUAUGCACGAGAGGAACGUGGAACGCACGUUCUGUGGAUUCCCUGUUACCUGCCAUGCUACCCGAUUACAUGUGCCAUGUGCCAUGACGAUACAUUUAGCCUACACGUCGCGAGACUCUCUGCUUUCGUAAAGGAUUGCAUUCACUAAUCAUUUUUCGGCAGAAAUGUCCAGAAUGC